GAAGUGUCCCCACUUCCUCACUGGCCAGCAAGAAGAGCCAGGGCAGGGCAAGGAAAUGCCUUUCUGAGCCAAGGUGAAUAAUGCCCGGCCCAAGCCAGGCCUUGCUGCCAUAGGCUGAGGCUGCUUGCACCUGGGCAGGGCAAACACCGCACUGCCCCAGAGACCUUUCUCCUCCGGUCAGGGUGCAGCCUGGAAGCCGGUGCGGAGGGAGGAUGAAAGCAGAGGGAGGAUGAAAGCUCUUGCACCGAUGGGAAUAUUGAAUCAGCCAAAGCGGAGGGCUCGGUCUGGGUGGUGCUCCAGCCCCCCCGGGGGCACGCAGGGAUGCGGGCAUAUCGAGCCCGUUUCCCUAUGGAAACAACGCUCAUUCCCACCCGCUCGGCAUGUUCAUGCGUGGGAGAGUCCCUUCCCCCAGCUGCACUUGAACCCAUUGCCCAACCUCGCCACGUUUCCCGGAGGCGCAGGCAUCGCCGGUCUUUGCUCCCUCCACGAAAGAGGGUGGCGAGAAAGCUGCCAUCGGCACUCCCACGGUUCCCGGGAAAGGCUGCCACCGCAGCACAACCCUUUACGAGCCACCCGAGAAGCCCCGCAGGAACCGAACCCCCGGAAAGCUCCCAGCGAUGCCUGUGCCUUGUCACGCUGGGGGGCACACCCGGGGGAGACGAGAUCCACCACCAUGCCCUUGGCGAAGGUCCCUGCCCUAAAUUGUGAUCCCGGACACCGCGAUCCCCGACGGAGCCGGAGUCUGGGGGGAGCCCCAAUGGAAGUGAGAGGCGAGCAGCACACAUCCUGACCCCCGCCCCACACGGCUGCCCCGUGCCAGCCCCGGGACUAUGGACGAGUGGAAGCCCAACCCCCCUGUGAAGGCCCACAAGAAGCGGAGCUGGUACCUCGCCUGGAAGUACAAGCUGAUGAACCAGCGUGCGCUGCGGAAGCUGUGCCAGACAGGUGCUGUCCUCUUCCUGCUUGUGACAGUAAUUGUGAACAUCAAGCUGAUCUUGGACACCAGAAGAGCUGCUUAUGAGGAGGAGGAGGAGUCUGCACAGGACUAUGAUGACGAGAUGCUGAAUGUGGAGGUCCCCAGGCACCCUGUCAACAACAAGAAGGUCCUGGAUGUCGAGGUGUACUCCAGCCGGUCGAAGGUCUAUGUGGCUGUGGAUGGGACAACGGUCCUGGAAGAUGAGGCUCGGGAGCAGGGAAGAGGGAUCCAUGUCAUCGUCUUAAACCAGGCCACGGGUCAUGUGAUGGCCAAGAGGGUCUUUGACACCUAUUCCCCCCACGAAGAUGAAGCCAUGGUACUUUUCCUCAACAUGGUUGCCCGGGGCCGGAUCCUAAUCUUCACCAUUAAGGACGAAGGCUCCUUUCACCUCAAGGAGACAGCCAAGAAUGUCCUGAAAAGCCUGGGGAGCCAAGUUGCACCUUUCCUGAGCUGGAGAGACAUGUGGACAUUUGUGGGGAAGAAGGGGGGAGAAGUGUAUGGGGAGAAGCACGCCAAGUCACCUGCCCUCUCAACAUGGGGUGACCCUGUUCUGCUGAAGACAGAAGUUCACUUGACAUCUGUGGAAGAUGCUGAGUGCCACUGGCCCGACACGGAGCUGAACCGGCGCCGCAAGAGGUUCUGCAGCAAAGUGGAAGGUUACGGCAGCGUCUGCAGCUGCAAGGACCCCACACCCAUCGAGUUCAACCCUGACCCUCUCAAAGACAAUAAAGUCUUUGAUGUGCCAGUAGCUGUCAUUGCAGGGAACCGCCCCAACUACCUGUACAGGAUGCUGCGUUCCUUGCUGUCAGCUCAGGGUGUCAAUCCACAGAUGAUCACAGUCUUCAUCGAUGGCUACUACGAGGAGCCAAUGGAUGUUGUGGAGCUGUUUGGCCUCUCAGGAAUACAGCACACUCCCAUCAGCAUUAAAAACGCCAGAGUUUCCCAGCACUACAAAGCCAGUCUGACGGCAACCUUCAACCUGUUCCCGGAUGCUAAAUUUGCAGUGGUUCUGGAGGAAGAUCUUGACAUUUCUGUUGACUUCUUCAGUUUCCUGAGCCAGUCAAUACACCUUCUGGAGGAGGAUGAGAGCCUCUACUGCAUCUCUGCUUGGAAUGACCAGGGCUAUGAGCACACAGCUGAGGACCCAUCGCUCCUGUACCGUGUGGAAACCAUGCCAGGCCUGGGAUGGGUGCUCCGGAAGAGCCUGUACAAGGAUGAGCUGGAGCCAAAGUGGCCAACCCCUGAGAAGCUCUGGGACUGGGACAUGUGGAUGCGGAUGCCUGAGCAGCGGAAGGGCCGGGAGUGCAUCAUCCCAGACAUCUCGCGCUCCUACCACUUCGGCAUCGUGGGGCUCAACAUGAACGGCUACUUCCACGAAGCCUAUUUCAAGAAGCACAAGUUCAACACAGUUCCAAAUGUCCAGCUUAAAAAUGUAGAGAGCUUGAGGAAGGAUAACUAUGAGACUGAAAUUCAUCGGCUCCUGGGUGAGGCUGAGGUCUUGGACCACAGCAAGAAUCCCUGUGAGGACUCCUUCGUGCCCGACACUGAGGGCAGGGUCUACGUCAUGUUCAUCAGGAUGGAGCAGGAAGCAGAUUUCACCACCUGGACUCAACUUGCCAAGUGCCUCCACAUCUGGGACCUGGAUGUCCGUGGGAACCACAAGGGGCUGUGGCGGCUCUUCCGCAAGAAGAACCACUUCCUUGUGGUGGGGGUCCCUGCCUCCCCCUACUCGUCCAAGAAGCCCUCGUCGGUGACACCAAUCUACAUGGAGCCCCCUGCCAAGGAGGAGGGGGCGGUGGCAGUGCCAGCGGCUGCAGCAGCAGAGCAGACGUGAGGCUGGCAGCUGGAAGCAAAGGGGACCAGGGGAGCACAGAGACCCCCACGGUGCAGAGACAGAGUUGGCAGCAGCUCUCGGAGGCUGGUGACUGGAUACAGACUCCUGUUUUGGGCUGCAAAAGCAGAUGUUGGGCUCCCUCCAGCCCCCUGUUGUGGUCUCCCUUUCCCUUGCACAGGACAGGGUCCUUCCCUGUAGAUAUGCCACCCCAAUCCCAGGAACUUGGUUUUUUUUAACACAGACACUCUACUAACGCUGCUCCUUUUGCCCCCUGGCUGGGCAAGGCUGGAGGAAGGAGAUGCUCAACUGGAGCCUAGAGGGGGCCUCAAAAAACACCUCUGCUCUCCCUUUUGGCCCUGAAGUUCUGAGAAGGCAGCGUGGUGCUAGUGCUGCAGCCUGCCAGCUGGGUGUUAUUUAUUAACUCUUGCCUGCUGGCUUUGUGCCCCAUGGUGAACGCAGUGCUGGAGAGGGGAUGUUCCAGAUAUUCCUGUUACCUGCACGAUGGAUGCGCCUUGAAGACUGUGUGCUGGGUCGGACAUCUUCCUGCACACUGGCUUUGCUGCGUGGGCUGCAGGCACUGGUGCAGCCCAGCUCACAGAAAAGGGAAUGCUGGAGAGGAGCUGGACUUGCUGCGGACACGGAGUGGACACCCCGCACCCAGCACAAGGGCGGUCAGUUCUGGAAGCUGGAGGUGAUUGUAGGUGGAAGUGAACCAGACCAUGUGCUCUGGCUCAGACUGUCCUCACCCACCUCCUCUGUGGGGAGCAGCCCUGCCCCUGGGUCGUGGGACAGGGGGUGAAAGUGCCUUGCAGAGCGAGAAGGGAGCAGCCAGCAGGCAUCAUCCCCUGGCUGCAGGGGCCGGGUGGGCCAGGGUCAUCUGGAGCAAGAGAUGCUGCACUCUGGUCCUUGCCUGUGGUACUGUACCCUGCCUCUCCAUCCUCCCUGCCCUGGUAGCCCCUGCUUUUGCUGAAGGCAGAGGGAGUUUCUUCUCCUGAAUUCCCACCCUUACUGCAGUAAGUUGCUGGCAGGGAAGCUAUGAGCUGGUCUGGGAUGGGCAGCCUGGCCCUCCCGCUGUGGUACACCCCUCGUGCAGAGGGACAGGGAGGGGAUUCAGUGCCUUAGGAAGGAUCCCAGGGCCCCCUCCCAUCCCCAGCCAUUUGGUACUAAUGUCCCUGCAUCCCGGGGGGGCAGUCCUGGUCCCCUUGCUCAGUACAGCUCCUCCUCUCAUCCGUGCAGCAAGAGAUCCAUUCUCUGCCCAUCCCCUGGCCUCUGGCAGGGAUGCAGUGCUCUGGCUUGCCUUUGGGAGAAGGAGUUGCUGCUCAGCCCAUUCCCUGAGGUAACAGGGGCUCUUCCCCUUCAUUUUCACACUGUGAACUGAGCGUCGGGGUCUACACUACACUAACUUAUUUAUUUAUUGCUCCUGGGAAGGGAUGGAUGGUGCUCCAGGAAGCAGCAUGGAGAGCUGGCAGCCCCCAGCCUGCACAGGUGCAGUCAUGGGAUAUUUGUCCCCCUGGCUCCACCCUCUCUUCCCUGCUUUUCUCCCUUGCCUAGAAUAGGAAUGAAAACUUGUGAACCAGGAAACUGCUCUUGGCCAGGAUGAUCCCAGUGUGGAUGCAGCACAGCUCUAGCAUGACUGCAGGGACGGGAACAAGAGCAUGCAGAGUGGCACCCUUGAGGCUGCAGUACUGGUCUGGGGCUCAGCCCUGCCCUCUCCAGUGCUGCCUUUCCGUGGGACUCUGCUCUGGCAGCCAGUGGGCAGGUGGCCCCUGUGCUAGCCCUCAGGGUAAGGCAGGUCUUUUAUGAGGAUGGAAAAGGGACUUCACUUCUUUGUGAGGAAAAGUAGCUUGCUCCCCAUGCCCUGCUUUGGAACAACUUCCAAAUGGCUCUCCACUGCCCUUCCCUGGCACCUCUGUUCCCAAGGCUCAGUUUCUCUUCCCCUUGAAACUAAAUGCAUCCUCUUGCCCUUCUCAGAUAGGGCUCAGGCUUGGCUUCUUUCCAGCUCCUCUUGGGGCUGGGGAAGGUGGUCCUAGGGAUAGGGAUGGCUAAACAUGAGUUCCCCUCUCCUCCCCUGCCCAACAGGGCUCUGUGGCUCCCUGCUCUCAGUGACAGCAGGACUCAGCUGGUGGGCUUUAGGCUCCCCCUUCUCCACACACCAUGCCAGGCCCACAGGGUGCUGUUCUCCAUCCUUCCCUGUGCCCCCAGCAAGGCUCAGGAGGGGCAGCCAUGGCAGGGCUGGGUGUGUGGCAUCACCAGGGUUUGACGCUUUCUGAAUUGAAUUAUUUUUUCAAGAGUAAACAUUGCAAAGCUGUUGA